AUGGAUGGAGCUUAUUUGAGGUUCAUGAUGUGCCAGUGCCUGCUGAACCGAGCGGACUGGGGACUGGCCAUCGGAUGCACCAACUGUGUCCUGUCGUUCUGCCUGUUCCAGUUCUGGCUGGUGGAGUUCUUCAAGUCGAUGGAGACAGAUUAUCCUGCGAAAUGGGUGGUGCUGUACGGCUGCUAUGCCAUGUUCAAUGUGAUAACCAUGAUGCGGAUUGUGAAGAGGGAGAGCAUCUCGGUGUUCUAUUGGAUUUGUGGGACAGUUGCUGUUUUGAUUUUCCGGAUUCAUUACCUGUACGUUGAGGAAGACGAUUUCUGGCUGGCCAAGAGGUGUAUUUACAGAAUCUCCAAUAUUGUGGCGGAUGUGUACUUUUUUGUGUCCCUUCUGGUUAUGGUUUAUGUGAUGUGGGGUCUGCACUUAGAGUCUGACUCCCAUAGACUGUAUCCCAAAGAAGAAAAGGUCAAUAAUUACAAAUACGAUCGGGAAGCCGCAACGAAAACUAUGCAGAAUCAGAAUAAUGACAUGGAAGAGGAUGAGGAACCAGAAAUAAGGACCAGACAGCUGAAUAACGAUCUGGAAAUGGAGGAACUGAAUGAGAGGGCCAACCAGAAAUUGGCCAGCAUUUUAGAGCAAGUGGAAUCAUUCCAAGACCGAGAGGUAAUAGCCCCCACAGCUCCAGAAGACUUUGCUUCCCUGGAAAUUUAUGAGGCCUCCGCUCCCCCGGAAAGCAGUUACUCCUUCGAGAUCGACUUUAAUGAUCAAAUAGUCGACAUUUCUUACGAGGAAUAG